AUUCUGGUGGGCACCUGCUACCUGUGGAGUACACACUGCUUUCAGUUUGCUAAUUACAGCCAGGCAAACUGGGAAAAGUAGUGCUUUCUGGAUAAGUACAGUACCUGCGGCCAAGGGUAAGAAUGUGGGCCAGGUGUCUUAUAUUCCUGGCUGGAGCUGUGUUUAUUCACGGUCAGAAUGCUACAGCAGAUGUCACCAUUGCUGAGCUCAUGGUGACGAGCAAUGUGAGCCUGGCGGCCAAAACUGUCCUGACAGCUUUGAGCAACACAAGUGCCCUGAACAGCGAUGUGACCAUCGUAGAGCUGGACCUGGUGGCAGACUGUUUGCUUGUUGGAGCCCAAACAACUUGCAGUUGCUCUGCCGGGUACGUCUGGAGCAACACGGUGUGCUACAGCACCAAUCCCCCAACCUGCUGCAACGACACAGCCUGCAACCAAAACGUGUCCCACCUCACACCCCUCUGCAUUCCCAAAGAGAAAGUUUCCAUGAGUGGGUCAGUUACACUCCGAAGUGGCCCCUGGCAGGACAGCCACAAAACACAGGUUAUGAAUGCACUUAAAACGAUUAAUGGCUUCCUGGGCCUUAAUAUUAGUAUGGAUAAGAGCACUACAAAUUUCAUAGAAAGGAUGGAGGAUAACAGCAACAUUGCUCACUUUGAGGCAGACUUCAAUGUCAAAUUUGAGACUUCUAAACUUCAAGAUUUUGUGGCAGAUCUGGAAACCACCCUUGGUGCUACUGUUCUGGUUGAGACAUUAGGACUGGUCACCAUAUCUGCCCCCAAGACUAAGGUUUGCUACAAAUCAAACCCAACAAUGAACUGCAACCUGGAAGAGGCAACAAACAGUUCUGGCUGGAGGCUGACCAGCAAGGAUGAAAAGGAUACAUUUAAGCUCAACGAUGGUAGCGUGGUGACGAUUGACAACAGCUGCGCCACCAGUGAAUACAAGUCUUGUGUUAGCCUCAAACUCAACGGCAUAACAGGCCGCUGGGCAGGCACAUAUGUGUGUGGAUUCACCACAGGAUCAAUAAAUCAUAUUGCCAAGACAGAGCUCGAUGUGGUGCUGCUGCCUGAUGAGAUCACCAUGUCGACGAAUCCUCUGACAGCAGACUGCACCAAGGUUGAGCCCACCAGUAUGGUGACAGUGGAAGUCACUGCCACCAUCUUGAACAGCUCAGAGAGUUAUCGACAUCACUGGAAAUACACAGAUGAAGAGACAUCUCAACAAGGCCCUAUAUAUAAGACAAAAUCUGAUAAGGUAGAACUCCACUACUCCGCUCAAGUCAAGGUCAACUGCAUCCCCACCAAGGAAGCCCAUAGGGUCAGCAUCACUUUUACAAACUCUAAGAAUCAACGGAAAAAUGCAACAGUGGAUAUUCCAGUGAUUUAUGCUAAUGAAAAAUUUUGUGAGAAGGACGGUGAUGAAUGGCCAAAAACCCCUGAUGGGGACACAGUGAUUAAUCGAAUAUGUGGGGAGGGCAGGACUGGCUAUAAGGAGCGGACAUGUAAAGGCAAAGAAUGGCAGAGUGUGUUCGACAACUGUGUCAAGGAAAAGCUCUAUUUAGUUCUUAAAAAAGCAGAAAAGUUCCAGGAAGGACUGGUGGCUAACCCGGAGGAGGUUCUGUAUAUAUUUUCGGGGCUCAGCAACAUCUCUGCUGAAAUAAAUAGCAGUAUAGCUGACGUGUCUGCAUCUAUUAAUGUACUAGCAGUGAUGGCCAAUGCAUCAAAACUCAACCCCUUUCAAGAGGACGUUGUUCCCGCUUUUCUUGGCGGAGCAAGCAGCAUGGUCAACCAGUCAUGGGAUGGGAUCAACACAACCAUCAAAGGCUCAAUGGCAGCAAAUUACCUCCAGUCUGUGGAGAACCUAGUGAAGAAUAUCGAGAUGAAUGCCACCAAAGGACAUAUGACUGAAAAUCUAGAUUUAAAAAUCAGCUCAACGCCUGACAAUGUCACCUCUGUCUUUAACAUCUCUGUUGCUAUGCACAUGACAUCUGGAAUCAUCAAAAUGGUCAGUGUGAAAAAACUGACCGAAAAAUUAGGAAGCCUCAAAGACAAAAGGCCAUCUGAGCUCUUAGUAUCAGUCACAGUGCAGAAUAGCAGCAAUUCGUCAACAUCCAUCACGCUGGACUUUCCUAAAGAUGAGGUGGAUCACAAUAAAGUCACCUGUGUUUUCUGGGACACCACAGACAAUGUUUGGUCAAAUGAAGGUUGCAGGGUGAACAAGAGUGACGACGGCCGUAUCACUUGCCAGUGCGACCACCUGACCUCAUUCAGUGUCCUCAUGUCCAAGAAACCUGUUGAACUCCCAUUUCUGAAAGAAAUCACAUACGUGGGCCUAGGCGUGUCCAUCUGCUCAUUGCUGGUCUUACUCAUCAUUGAGGCGCUGGUGUGGUCAGCUGUAGUCAAGACCAACCUCUCACAUUUCCGCCACACUGCCCUGGUGAACAUCUCCCUCUGCCUCUUCUUGGCGGACUGCAGUUUCAUAGCAUCCUCAUUUCCUGAGAUACUUAAUGGCACCUCUUGCCUUAUCCUCACUGUGUGCAAGCACUUUUUUUUUCUGUCCAUGUUUGGCUGGGCAAUGAGCCUUAGUAUCAUGCUUGUCCACCAGCUCAUCUUCGUUUUUAACCCACUGCGGAAAAGAGUCUUUAUGUUCUUUUCCAGCAUCGUAGGCUAUGUUUGCCCCGUCAUCAUAGUGGGAACCAGCUAUGUGUAUUACAAAUACACCGGCAGUCCUUAUCAUAGUGAUAAGUGCUGGCUCAUCUUUGACGGGCUCUUGAAGGGCUCCAUGCAUGCUUUCCUAAUCCCUGUGGGAAUUGUCCUUAUGACAAACGUCUUUUCCAUGGUUGUGGUCAUCCUAACGCUGAUGAAAUCUUCGUCUCCUGAUUCCAGCAAGGCAGAGGACAAGGACACUGCCAAAAGCAUCCUCAAGGUGGUGGUCUUCCUAACGCCAGUCUUUGGAAUAACAUGGAUUCUUGGCUUCUUACAGCUCUUCCUCUCAGAUGCUGGACCGCCCCUGUUUGAAAUUAUUCACUAUAGUUUCACCAUUCUCAAUUCCUUCCAGGGCUUCUUCAUUUUUCUAACAGGAUGUUUUGCAGAACAAAAGGUUCGAGAAGAAGUGCUCAGGCUCAUAAUGGCUAAGGUACCAUCAAAAGAAAAAAGUGAGAGCAUGAGAAAACUGACGAGUAUCACAAACUCAAAGACAAAUGAAAACUGAGAGUGUGAACACUGAGGAAGCCGAAGGAAACUGCAACUCUCUCUCUCUCUCUCUCUCUCUCUCACACACACCCACACACACACACACACACACACACAC